AUGUUGCCUCAGUCAAGGAAGGAACCAAAACUGGACACUAAAAAGAAUCUUUUUGAGUUGAACGAGCUUGCGGAGCUGCACAACUGCAACAAUAUUAUGUACUUCGAAAGUCGCAAACACCAGGAUCUUUAUAUGUGGCUUUCGAAAACCCCCAACGGCCCAAGUAUAAAGUUUCAUAUUCAGAAUUUGCACACAAUGGACGAGCUCAAUUUCACUGGAAAUUGUUUAAAAGGGUCGCGUCCGAUAUUGUCGUUUGAUAGAGCUUUCGAUGGCGAUAUUCAUUUGAAAAUUCUUAAAGAAGUGUUCAUUCACCAAUUUGGAGUGCCCCCAGGUGCAAGAAAAUCAAAGCCUUUCAUUGAUCACCUGAUGACUUUUGCUAUCUUGGAUGGGAAAAUAUGGGUUCGCAAUUAUCAAAUUAGCGAGCCCGUAGGUGCCGAAGCAGCGGAAGCAGACUUGGAGGAAAUGAAGUUGAUCGAAAUUGGACCUAGAUUUGUUCUCACCUUGAUAACUAUAUUAGAGGGCUCUUUCUGUGGUCCCAAGAUUUAUGAAAAUAAAGAAUACGUUUCACCUAAUGUUGUUAGAUCGACGCUGAAAGUCGAUGCUGCUAAGAAAGCUGUUCUUCGGCAAGAACAAUCGAGAAUGGCACGGCAUGGAAAAGAAACUGGCUCCAAACUUCUGGCAGACGACGAUCUUUUUACUUGA